UAGCGUGUGUGGUUCGAUUUAAAGUAGUGCGGAUAUGACAGCGGAAAUCAAUAAGGGUCCGAUGCUUGGCCAGCGCCACAUGCAGUCUUUCUUGCUGUUCUCAGCAAUCGUGGUCAACUUUUUAACCAAGUUCAAUGCCGGAGUGGCGGUUGUGGCAAUGACCGAUGCGGAAAGUUCUAACCCGGAUUUUCCUGAAUAUGAUUGGAACGAAAUGGAGCGGUCUUACAUACUGUCCAGUUUCUUCUGGGGAUACAUAUUGACACAAUUCUUGGGUGGAUGGCUGUGCAAACGUUAUGGAGCCAGGAUUACCAUGUUUGUGUCCACCCUUGGUUCGUCUGUUCUGGUUGUACUGGUUCCCUGGUGCGUUUCCUGGGGUGGCUGGCAGGCGUAUUGUGCUCUUCGAAUGGCAAUGGGUCUCUUCCAAGGAUUCGUCUUUCCCUGCAUUCACGCUCACUUGGCCAACUGGUGUCCGGUGAAUGAGCGUAACCGGCUAGGAGCCUUGGCCAACAUGGGCAUCGAUGUUGGAACCCUGGUGGCAAUGUUUGCCAGUGGAUUAAUUGCAGCCUCAAGCAUCGGAUGGCCCGGAAUCUUCUACGUGUCCUGCGGUUCAGGAGUUUUCUGGUGCAUCCUUUGGUGGAUUUUCGGAGCGGACACUCCCAGUAAAUGCAAUUUUAUUAGCGAAGCGGAAAAGAACUAUAUCGAGACAUCAAUCAGAUCCACUCACAAGGCACAGGGUGCCUCUUCCAGCGAAAUUCCAGUUCCCUGGAAGGCCAUUUGGACAUCGAUUCCUUUCUGGGCUUAUAUGAUCACCAAAUGCUGCCAAUCAUGGGGAUUCUCCACCCUCCAGACUGAGAUGCCAGCCUAUAUGAACGGAGUUCUGCUGAUGGACAUGAAGAAAAACGCUCUCUAUUCGGCUUUGCCUUAUUUAGCCUCCUGGAUUAUGGCCUUCGUCUAUCUGAUCAUCGCCGAUAUCCUGCUGACCAGAGGCAUUAUGUCAAUCACCGGUAUCCGCAAAACUAUUAACUCAAUUGCAUUCUUCGUGCCCGCUGCUGCACUGAUUGGAGUCGGCUUUUUGGAUAGUGACCAGAAGACCCUUGCUGUGGUGUUGAUGUGCGCCAAUGUGGGAGUCAAUGCUGGAUCUACGAUUGGGUCUACUAUAAACACCAUUGAUUUGUCUCCUAAUCACGCUGGCAUCCUUAUGGGAAUCGCAAAUACUGCUUCCAACGUUAUACCUAUUAUUACGCCAAUCCUUGUCGGACUUAUGGUGAAAGAUAGCCAUGAUCGCCAGCAGUGGCAAACUGUGUUCAUCAUAUCCGCUGUCGUGUUUGUUGUGGGCGACUUAAUCUAUCUCGCCUUUGGUCAAAUGGUCAGUCAACCAUGGGAUGCACCCGAUUUUCUGGAUAAUCAGCGAUCCUCCAAACUGCAAGAGGAAGGGAACUCCAAGGCUUUGGAAUCCAAGCAGAGCGAGAAAUUGGAGGAAGCAAACCUGAGCGGGAAAUCGGAAGAAGAACAACAGAACGAUAAAUUGCAGGAAGUGAAGUUAAAGGAUAUAAAUUCUGAGACUCCUAGCGAGAAACUGUAAGAUCAUGUGUAAGUCAAACUAUAUACAGAUCGAAAAACUCACGGCUGGUCCGCAACUUGUUUACGUUCUUUUUUCACAAGUGUAUAAAUUAAUAUAGUUAUAAAUGUAUUCCCCAUGAGUAAGUUAAGUUAUAAAAUAAAAACACUUAAAUUAGUUUAAA